CUGUUCUCCCAACCUUACCAUGAGCAUGGCAUGACUGCGCACAUUUAUUUACAGUACCUUCCAUCCUUCUCCAGUUUAUACAACUACAGUAGGAAUUCGUUUCCAUUUUACGCAACAUGCUAUUUUGAGACGUUUUAUGAGCAGUUUAAGUUGGAGAUGUUAUAGCAGCCUCGUUUAGUACGCUUUCUCUCAGAGGAUAGCCAAAACGUCCCCGGGACAUUUUCCGACAGCGUUUACAAACGCCCUAACAUAGGAGCGUUUGCUUGCUCAUGGGGACUUUAUCAUUAGGAAAGAGCGGCAUAUAACGAGCAACGGUACCGGCUAAUACUGCUCGAGAAUACCGCCGGAAAUACAUACGUUGCUAUAAUUAUGUACUGAAGCGCUCGAUCGUAUUGGAAGAUGCGUGACAACCAAGAGCCCGUUACAGGCAGAUAUAAUUCGAAGACUAAAUUAUAGAACACAGCAGUGGAACCAGCAAUAUGUUAAAUUUACGACAUUUUGGCACAAUUAAUACCUGGCACAAUGGAAACCGGUGUCUUCCACGAACUUCGAGUGUUGAACAGACGCAGUUUAAAAUUAUUACGCUUAAUAGCAGGUGUAAGUGUAACUGUGCAAGAUAUACUUUUCCAUGCACUUGCACAGUAUGUGCAGUGCGCACAGAUGACUAAGCAGGCAGUAGAACUUUCGGUUGCAGUUUUAUUUAUUAGCGUCGCUCCGAGCCAAAAAUUACUGGCGCGCCACAAUCGUUCAUCUGAUUGCAGCGAUAGAAGUACAACUGUGUUAUCGCUUUAGUGCAAUUAUUUCGGUAGUUCGGCGGUGAAAAUCAAAAUUAAAUUUACCGUCCUGUGCCUGGUAUUGAAUCAUUUGAUCAAUUUUUUAGUUAGUUUAUUUGAAUUGUUUGUAUUACUGUGCUAAUCAUUCUACCUACAAUGCCUUCUUCACCUGAUACCAAUCUGUCGGCAGUGCUGCAGUCUGUCAAAAAUUUGCGUUUGGAGGAGAUGCCGAUCCCCCAACCAGGCCCCCAUCAAGUGCAGAUUGCUAUACAAAAAGUCGGAAUCUGUGGCUCUGAUGUCCACUUUUGGCAACGCGGAUACAUCGGGGAUUACGUAGUCAAAGCCCCUCUGGUCUUGGGACACGAAACCAGCGGUAUUAUUUCCGCUGUCGGCGAAGGUGUUACCCAUUUGAAAAAAGGUGACCGUGUGGCUAUCGAGCCUGGUGUACCCUGCCGGCGGUGUGACUACAACAAAGAAGGCCGCUACAAUUUAUGCUCGCAUGUCACCUUCUGCGCCACACCGCCCUGGCACGGCACUCUCGCACGCUAUUACGUUCAUGACGCGGAUUUCUGCUACAAACUUCCCGAUCAUGUUUCUUUGGAAGAGGGCGCAUUGUGUGAACCGCUAAGCGUCGCUGUUCACGCUUGCCGACGAGCAGGAAUUGUAAUCGGCUACAAUGUACUUGUUUGCGGUGCAGGUCCCAUUGGCCUUGUAAACAUGCUGUCCGCCCGCGCAAUGGGUGCUUCAAAAGUCGUCAUUACCGAUGUAUCGGAAGAGCGCCUUAAAUUUGCUAAAGAACUGGGCGCUGACCACACAAUCAACGUAACCGGCAAAGAUCCCAAAGCUGUAGCAGCACUGGUCGCCGAAUGUCUUGGUCGUCAGCCGGACUGCGCUAUUGAGUGCAGCGGCGCCGAAACCAGUCAAGCGCUUGCCAUUUAUUCCACUAAGUCCGGCGGCUGUGUUGUGCUUGUCGGUAUGGGCACCCUGGAGAACAAGCUGCCGAUAAUGGAUGCGCUAUGUCGCGAAGUUGACAUUCGCGGGUCUUUCCGCUAUCUCAACUGCUACCCUACAGCACUGGAAAUGGUGGCCUCCGGCCGUGUUAACGUCAAGCCCUUGAUAACACACCGCUACGCACUGGAGCAGGCGUUGGAAGCCUUUGAGACGGCCCGCAUCGGCGCCGGCAUCAAGGUCAUGAUUGAUUGCAGUCGCCAGCAAUAAAUAUCCAGUUAUUCUCCGCUUUAUUAGAAAUUAAUUGUGUUCUCGGGUGUUUAUUGUUUUGCGCCUACACUACUGCGGUGGAAAGGAAAAUGUUGCAGGUUUUGUUUUUGAAUCGAUACAAUGUGUGCAAUAAAAGUACUACGAAAUACUUAAAAAUUUAAAA